CCCAGCGAGAAAGCAGGGAUGACAGUGAUGCAAGCGCAUCCAGACGCUGCCGACCGGACCAGUUUGGAAUAUACUCCCCAUUUACAACUCUCUAUCUGUUCUCCACCGCUCAACUGCGCCCGAGUUGGACUAGAGAGCAUUUAAUACAAAAAACUCUCUCAAACAGCUUUUGCUUUAGAUUUCUUUUAUAAAUUCGAAUAUAGUCUCUCCCAAAACUCGUAGUUGACCAUUCUUCCAAAUGCUUCGCCUGCCAGUCUCGCUUUUCAUGUGGGGUUAGCCGGUGGUUCCAGCCUGCGUCCAGGUGGGGUACGGGAAAAGGUCGCACAGGGAAUAUUGUAUCCUUAAUUUAGAUAAGGAAUUUUGUAUCAUUUGGAAGCACGUCCACUAUUUUUUCGCUCCCCUCACAAUGGCUGAUGCUAACGCAGAAUGCAAUAUCAAGGUUUUGUGUCGAUUUCGUCCUCUGAAUAAGUCCGAGAUCAUCCGCGGAGAUAAGUUCAUACCAAUAUUUCAAGGAGAAGACACUGUCAUUCUUGGGGGGAAGUCGUACGUGUUUGACCAGGUGUUCCCGACUAACACCACACAGAUACAGGUCUACAACACCUGCGCAAAGCAGAUCGUCAAAGAUGUACUGGGUGGAUACAAUGGGACUAUCUUUGCUUAUGGGCAGACUUCGUCUGGAAAAACACACACCAUGGAGGGGAACCUUCAUGAUCCCCAGGGAAUGGGAAUCAUCCCCCGGAUUGCAGAGGACAUUUUUGACCAUAUAUUUGCUAUGGAUGAAAACCUAGAAUUCCACAUAAAGGUCUCCUACUUUGAGAUCUACAUGGAUAAAAUACGGGACCUGCUGGAUGUGACAAAAACCAACCUGUCAGUGCAUGAAGACAAACACAGAGUUCCGUAUGUAAAGGGCUGCACGGAGCGCUUUGUCACGAGUCCUGAGGAAGUGAUGGAUGUGAUAGAUGAAGGGAAGGCCAACCGUCAUGUUGCUGUCACCAACAUGAAUGAGCACAGUUCCCGCAGUCACAGCAUCUUCCUGAUAAACAUCAAACAAGAAAACGUGGAGACAGAGCAGAAGCUGUGUGGGAAGCUGUACCUGGUCGACCUGGCUGGGAGUGAGAAGGUCAGUAAGACAGGUGCAGAGGGAUCAGUACUGGAUGAGGCCAAGAACAUCAACAAGUCUCUGUCGGCCCUGGGCAACGUCAUCUCAGCCUUGGCCGAGGGAACGAAAUCUCACGUGCCGUAUCGUGACAGCAAAAUGACUCGCAUCUUACAGGACUCGCUGGGUGGGAACUGUCGCACCACCAUGUUCAUCUGUUGCUCUCCCUCCAGCUACAAUGAUACAGAGACCAAAUCCACUUUGAUGUUUGGCCAACGAGCCAAGACCAUAAGAAAUACUGUGUCAGUGAACCUGGAGCUCACAGCAGAGCAGUGGAAGAAGAAGUACGAAAAAGAAAAGGAGAAGAACAGGUCAUUGAAGGAGACUGUUCAAAGACUGGAAGUUGAGCUGAACCGCUGGAGGAAUGGUGAAGAUGUUGUUGCGUUAAAGCAUAUGAGCACAGGAUCAGAGGACAUCCCACUUGGGCCUCCCGAAUCCGAGGAGUCGCUUCUCGACAUCUGCAGCCCCUGCAGCCCUUGCUCAGUUGCUUCCUCCAUUGUGGUUCACAUCUCUGAGGAGGAGCGGCAGAAGUAUGAGGAGGAGAUUCGCAAGCUAUACAAACAGCUGGAUGAUAAGGAUGAUGAGAUAAACCACCAGAGCCAGAUGGUGGAGAAACUGAAAGAGCAGAUGCUCAACCAGGAGGAGCUUCUAGCAUCAUCCAGGGGUGACAGCGAGAAGGUGCAGUCAGAGCUCGGCAGGCUGCAGACAGAGAAUGAAUGUGCUAAAGCCGAGGUGAAGGAGGUACUCCAGGCUCUGGAGGAGCUCGCUGUCAACUACGACCAGAAGAGCCUGGAGGUCGAAGAGAAAAGCGUGGAGAACAAGCUGCUGGCUGAAGAGCUUGCAAAAAAAAUGGCUCACCUGAUGGGUUUAGAGGCAGAGCUGUCCCGUAUCCAGGAAGUGAGCAGCCACCAGAGGAAACGCAUCACUGAGAUUCUCAACGCCUUGAUGAGGGACCUGAGUGAGUUCAGCACCAUCGUUGGAAACAGGGACAUCAAGCUGCCCAUGGAGAUUACCUGUGCCAUCGAGGAGGAGUUCACAGUGGCCCGGCUCUACAUCAGUAAGAUAAAGUCAGAGGUGAAGUCAAUGGUGAAGCGCUGCCGGCACCUGGAAAACCUUCAGAUGGAAUGUCACCGCAAGAUGGAGGAAACGGACAGAGAGCUGUCCUCACGUCACCUCCUAAUUUCCCAGCACGAGGCAAAGAUCCGCUCUCUGACGGACUACAUGCAUAAUGUGGAGAUGAAGAGGAGGAAGCUGGAGGACAGCUAUGACUCUCUGAGCGAGGAGCUGGCCAGACUCCAAGCUCAAGAGAGCAUGUCACAGGUGACCAGCGGGGAGAAUCUGUCAUCUGUCCAGGAUUCCUGUUAUAUAAAGAGGGCUCUGAAGCAGCAGAUGGAGUCACACCGUGAGUCGCACAGCAAACAGCUUGGCCGCCUGCGAGACGAGAUGAAUGACAAGCAGAAGAUCAUCGAUGACUUAACCGAUUGUAACCAGAAGCAGCAGCUUGAGUUGGAGCAACUGCACUGUGACUUCGAACGUCUCAGGAGCCAAGAGCACCACAAGAGCCGGCAGCUGGAGGAACUGACAUUUCUCCAUGAGCGGCAUGAACAGUCAAAGCAGGACCUCAAAGGGCUGGAGGAGACUGUUGCUCGUGAACUCUACACCCUGCACAACCUCCGCAAGCUUUUUGUUCAAGACCUCACAUCUCGAGUUAGAAAGAGUGCACAGAUGGAGUCUGAUGAUAGUGGGGGAUAUAUGACCCAGAAACAGAAGAUUUCCUUUCUUGAAAACAACCUGGACCAGCUUACAAAAGUUCACAAACAGCUGGUACGUGACAAUGCAGAUCUUCGCUGUGAGCUUCCAAAACUGGAGAAACGUCUGCGGUCUACAGCUGAGCGAGUUAAGGCGUUGGAGGGUGCGCUGAAGGAGGCGAAGGAAGGAGCCAUGAAGGACCGCCACCGCUACCAGCAGGAGGUGGAGCGUAUCAAAGAUGUGAUGAGGGUUCGCAAUCCCUUCCGCCGGACUCAUGCUGCACAGAUAGCCAAGCCUGUGCGUGCUGGCCACUACCCAGCAUGCUCUCCCAUCAAUCCCUUCUUCAUCCGAGGCUACAGUGACCACCCCUUUGCCUUCUACAAAGCUCAUUUUCACAACAGCAACAACCAACACGCUGCUGCUCCUGCAACACCAGAGGGUGAGCCCAGGUUACCCGAGACCAACUCCAAACAGAACAGCCCCACCGAAAACCUAGAAUCCCUAAACAACGAAUCGCACGACAACAACGCUCAGGACAACAUCCUUCUAGUUGAACAACAGAACCCUGGAGACAAGAACACUGUGGAGAUGCUUGAUUCAGAAAAUGGAAACACCACAGAUAUCAAUGACAACAGCAUGUGUCUGAAUGUGAAUUCUGUGUCCAGAACUGACGUCUGUGACAAUCAGGACCCAGCCAAACUCUACAGCCUGCAGCCGGAGGCCUCAGCCAGCUAAUAGUCCUGAGCAGGCAGACGUUUUUUUCUGAGGCAUCCUCUGUAAAUUUGCAUGCAGCUGAUCGCUGUCCUCUCAGCCUCCCCUUCCUCUCUCUCCCUCAUCUGUAAACAGACCUCUCUCGUGUCUCCUUUCCUUUCCCUGCUUGCUCCUCUUCAAUCCCUUCUCCUUCCUUUACAACAAUGUGGGGUGUAUGUCGGUAUCAGUAAGAUAAGAUCCAUAGCAAGCACUGCAUCUCAAAUGGCAGCUGACACCCAUAUUGCUGCACACACUCUCAUGAAAACAAAGGGACCAUAAAUAGUAGGUGGGAAAGAGAAGCUGCCAUACAGUAGACAGCCACUAGGGUGGGCUGUUUGUCUCAGAGAGGGAAUCACAGUGGACAUAAAACCAGUGCAUUGAAGCUGAGAUUAAGUCUUUAUAAUUAUUACUAUUGUUAAACAUGUGUAUGGAUCCACAAACUCCAGGUUAAACAACAUGAAAACCUUAACCUUGAGCUCACUUUACAAAUUAUACUUUUGACUAUGCAUGAGGAUUUUUGAUGUUGGUUUUCAGUUUUUUCUCAGAAAAUAAAUGACAUGGAAGAAAAAAAGUGGAGCAUUACUAUGAAAUGUUUCAGUCUAAAAUUGCACUGUAAGUCAAUGUCAAUGGGGAAUUCAGUCUUUAAAAUGAAUUUUAAGGAUUAAGUUGGUAAUAUUCAAUGCUCUGGUUAUUGUCAACAAAUCUCAUCAGACUAGACAACAAGCAACAAUCUUAGUAUUUUCCAAUUUACCUAGCCUGAUUGUGGCUAGGGACAAUUUCAGCAGUAAAAUAAUACACUUUGGUGUUCUAGUGAGUUUUCACAGCAGCAGAAAAACUAAACUGCAGUGCAAAUUCAUAGUAAGAGUCAUGUAAUCCAAAGCAGCAGUGUGGUUCGUUGAUGUGUUUUUUGUAAACAACUGAGGUUGUCGGCACAGAAAAAUAAGCUACUUUAUAUCUGGCUUCGGAGACCACAUUUUAAUUGUUGGUUUGUUUCUUUUCAUAGGAUUUUUUGACAAUAAGAAACAUAUAGAAUAUAACCAGACUUCUCCUUUAACGUGAAACAUUUGAAAGUUUAAGUCAAGAGGUGAAGCAAUACUGCUUAUUGUGAAUGUUAUCCUUCCAUCCCCAAAACACCAGGCUACUUACAAUACUGCCUUUUUUGGGGAACAAUUGUCAGUUGUCAUUGUAACAAUAUAGUCCAUAAUGUUUUAUCCACUACUGUUUCCAUGUAUGUAGACCAGCACACACUAAAUUAAAAUACACAUACGCAAACCUGCCACUGUUGAAACUUGGCCAAGCCUUAAUUUAGACAAUAGACAAUUUCUCACAUUUGACCUUUAUACUCAAAUUUAACAAAGGAAAUUAAGUUUCUAUAUACAGUAUAGUCUUCAACUCCUAAAUACACUCCAAGACACAACAGUUUUGUAUUUUAGUACCCUUGGAGAAUAUAUUUCAGAUACUUACAUUCCAUAGUAAAAAGUUUUUCUCUUGUUAGAUUAAGAGAAAUAGUAAACCAAUUAACCCCUAUAUCUGUAUACAGUCUAGUAAAUUUUUAGAUCCCACUUUUCAUAAAGACAUGUUUAAUGUCGAGGCAUCAGAUGGCUCUGAUGGUGGCACUCUCUCACCAAGCACAGGAAGAACCAUUGCGCUAAAUGAAGAUAUUGGUUAGAACAUUGUUUAAAAUAAAACACUCAAAUAUUUAGAGUUUAACAUCAGUCACCAUAGCAUGUCUAGCUUUUAGUACACUGCACUGGUUUCUGAAAAGCAACUUUGUCUGACCCACAUGUAAAGUCCAAAACACAAUAUUGCUGAUUGUUUUUAAAGACUGACUGUGUUGUAGUAGAGAGACUCAAAGCUGUAAAUUAUCCCUUAAUAAAACUGCCUGUCAGGGAUUAUCUGUGAGAUAUUCAGUCAUUGUCAUGUCAUCUAAAAACAAGAAAAAAAGAAUUGUGUAGCAACUAUUUUUAUACUGCUAGUGUUAAUUAAAAGAAAUAUACAUAAUUUAUCAUUUGCUCUAUUUUAAAUGUUAUUUAUUUGCUAUGUAAUCUUAAUUUACAGCGGUUGUUGAAUGUGAAGUGUUUGCAUUUGUUUUGAUGUGUGCUUUGAAUGUUUUGGAUUUCAGAUGUCCAACAUUUUGUCAUUGAAGGGAAAUGUGAGCAGCUGCCCUUCUGAUGUGAAUUUGUUUAGGAGAUGACGAAACCUACUGUUCUUUAUGAACCACCUCCGUUAGAAACCAAAGCCCUGAUUGUAGUGAGUCAUUUAUUGACCUCAUCAGCCAAUAUAGUGUUUGACCUUUGACCCCAACAUUCAGAUUUAUUACACAUCCUGUGUUACUUGGGUGCAGUCUGAGUUAUCUCAGCAGACAGGUUGAUUGACUGUCUGCGCACACACUUACACACACACACACACACACACACACCGACGGCCAUGCCUAGGGUUGCAAAAUUCCAGGAUUAUUCAAGGUGGAAAAAUUUCAUGAGAAUUACCUGGAAUGUAAACAAUGGGAAUACAAUGGAAAUAUAAGGGGUUAUCUGCUUAGGCUAAAUUCUUCAUCUCAUAUGCAGAUAGAAAACCAACCUUUUACUAUAGUAUGAGAAGAACUUACUUUGGCAUAUGAUCUGUAGAAGUGUGCUGCUGAAUGCACUGCAUGGUUACAAUUCAGU